CUGAGUACAUGUUGCAAGAUAAUGCCUUUGAUCCGUAUUCUGAGUUUCAGUAUGUGGGGGUUUCCUUGGUUCUGAAGGUUUUGAGAGUUGAAAUACCUGUACAGUCAGUGUUUAUAUUAGAUUUUGGUGCAGCAAAUGCAUUUAUUUUCACAUUUAGUAAUGCAAGCAUUUCGUGUAAUAACUCAGGAUGCCACAAUGAAUUAUCCACAUGCUGCAUCAAGGAAAAGAACAAGAAUUGGGAUCAAAUAUAUUACUCAAGCUCAAGUGUUGGUGGUGUAACAAGAGUUCAUUUGCCAAGGUGUUUGCAGGUUUUUAACUUGGACAUCGAGAGGAAGGACAAAAAAUGGGAAGAAAGGAAUCAAGAACCUCAAGUAUUUCGAACUUUUUACCAAUAAAAAUUGUAAACCUUCCCUUGUCAGAUUUACCAUUUCAGUGCUCUCUACAGUGCAUAAUUCAAAUUUAACCUUCGAAUUCCGUAAGAAGACCAUUUUCAGUAGAAAGCUUUUGUAGCUUAUUUUGAGCUUGUAUAACCAACUUAUCAUAAAGCUUCGUUUAAAUAUAUCAUAACACAAACUGCA